GAUGGUGAGGAAGGAUGAGACAUCUGUGGGAGGACGGGGAGGAUGGCAUCACUUGUGUGGUCACGAUGUUUUUGAAGUCUGUUUUUAAAUUGGGUUGCACACCUCUGUUCUUCUCUAUUUCCAUGGCUCCUUUGGAGUGUGGGUUCUGUUUUUUUUUUUCCUCCUUGAAUUCUCUCUGCAGCUGCCAUACAGGAGGUGAAUUUAGACACAAUCUUGAUGAAACUUCGAGCCCAGAACGGAGGUGUUUGAGCUGCCAGCAUGACAGCCAAGCUCCUCCACCUGUUGGUGGUCCCUGGCUCUGUUUUUCAUGCAGUCGGCGUUCUUCCAGGGGGGAAAAAAAAAACACCCAAAUUUUGGAGGAAGCUGAACUGCCAAUGAAGCUACUCACGUUGGGUGGGCGGCAGGAAGCACUCCAUGCUCUGCCGUAUGGUUGCACUGAGUUGAAUCACAGAAUGGCCUGGGUUGGAAAGGACCUCAAGGAUCAUGAAUCUGCAACCCCCCACCACAGGCAGGGCCACCAACGUCCACAUUUCAGACCAGCCCAGGCUGCCCAGGGCCCCAUCCAACCUGGCCUUGAACACCUCCAGGGAUGGACGGGGCAUCCACAGCCUCUCUGGGCAGCUGUUCCAGCACCUCACCACUGUCAUAGUAAAGAAACCCCAACCCCUACCAGCUUUGAGAGCAGUGAUCUGCACUGCAUGCUGCACGCAUGGCUUGUUGUGCCUCCAGGGCAUCCCUGGAGCUCUCAAGCUGGUGUGUGGGUGCAGCUCGGCCCCAGACCCAUGGUUCCAUCCCCAGGGCUGUGUUCUGUUCUGGUUGUGAAGGAGUGCUGGCAUUGCCCUGCACACACUGUGUGGUGAGCGGUGGCACUCACGUGGCCUUGCCUUGGGCACAGCCUGAAGGCUUGGGCAUUGCAAGGCAUAAAAAGGGCAUAAAGCUGUGGGAGAGCAACCAAAGGAGGAGAUGCAGGGAUGGGGGUGGGCAUGGAGGUGCGUGAGGAGCAGCGGAGGUCUCCAUGUCUGGUACAGAGAAGAGGAGGCUGAGGGGCAGCCCUGCAGUUCCGUCAUGGCGGCCCUGCGGCCCCAUCAUAGGAUCAUAGAAUUGCUCAGGUUGGAAAAGACCUUCAAGAUCAUCAAGUCCAACCACAACCCAACCAUGCUACUCUAACUCUGACAACUCACUGCUAAAUCAUGUCCUGAGCACCACGUCCAGGUCGGGGAUGGUGACUCAACCACCUCCACCAUGGCGGCCUGCAGCUCCACCAUGGCGGCCUGCAGCUCCAUCAUGGCGGCCUGCAGCUCCUCACAGGGGAGCAGAGGGGCAGGUUCUGAUCUGGACCUGAAGGCACAGCAUGGAACUGUCGGAUCAGGUGGGGUUAGGGUAGACUCGGCCCCAUAGGGCUGUGGGCACAGCCUGGAGCUCAGGGAGCAGUGCUCACCAUUUGGGUGCUGCUGUGUGGGCCCAGGGGUUGGGCUCCGUGAUCCCAGCGGGUCCCUUCCGAAUUGCAGUGCUCAGGAAUUCUGUCCCACACGUUGGUUGUUGCUCGCUCCCGUCCUGGCUGCCACACACGGCAAGUCCUCGGUGGCUGAAGGAAGUAGGGCAGUCAUUGCUGAGCAUUAUGAUUAAUUGAUAAACGCUGCCGUUGUGGAGGUGGAUCUGAGCGCUCCGACUCAGGUUGCUAACAGAAACUCCUGGCAGGGCACAAAGCCCUUUGCAGGGGAGAUCCAGAAGCGAGCAGAAAGGAUUGUUUGUCCGUGUUAAGCUUUGCAUGUCUGGAGAUAUACGUAUAUAUUUUCCUUUAGUGUUAAAUAGAUUUAGAACAGCAAAUCUUGCCUGCGUGUAAUGCUUCCCAAACCCUCGCAGAUGGGGAACUUUGUUUCCAAACAUCAAAUGCUUCAGCUGCUUAAUGCGUGUUUUUAAGCACCAACAGCCCUCUCGGAGAAUGUUCACAUUAAGCCUGCUGAGAAUUAGGCUUUUAGAGGAAACGUCUUUAAUAUUUUAUCACCCAAGAAAAGGAGGAGUUAUGGAAAACAAGGCAGCGCUUGGAGUAAAACACAGCACUGCGUUGUGGUGGGAGAGGUGCCGUGACUGGAGGUUGUGUGGCAGCGUGUGGUUGUGACACACUUCUGUGCUCUUAUCUAUUUGCAGCAGUGAAAGAAAGAGUCCUACCAACCUUCCCCCUUUUUACUUCACAGCUUCCCUGAGUGGGCUGUGUGGCAUGCACUUCUCACCCCGAGCAUUCCCUGCUGUGCACAGCCCCGGCUGUGUGUGCGUGGCUGGAGCCAGGUCUGAGCUCAGCUCUCGCUGUGACUGCUGUUUAAAAUGAGCUCUGUAACACAGGUGGUGAGAUGAUUCCUGCUCCAAAAUGACCGUUGGCCAUUGAAACUUUUUCUUUUCUGUUCCCACAAGCAACUACAAUCAAAACUGGUCCUACUGGUUCCAGCCCUGCCGUUCAAUUUCCGUGGGAGUGAAUGGAGGAGGCUGUCUGGCUGAGUGAGAUAUGGCUGGUGAUACACUGUGUUUUAAUACCUGAGGAACUAUUAACAAGUUCCCUGGCUAAUCAGCAGUGAAUUCAAGCUCUGAGUCUGUUUGUACUGAUGAUGAAGAAACAAUCAUUUAAGCUUUCUUUGCAAAAUGUUGCUGGAUAAAACAUGCCUGAGGCGGUGCUUGGCUUGACCUCUGCCAUUGCUUCCUUCCUCUUGUAGCAGCUGAUGUGUCUGCCGGUAGGGCACCUCACUCCAUCAGCAUUUCCCAAAGGGGAAAGGUUCCUUGGAGUCUGCGUGGGGUUUCUUAUUCUCUGGUUUUUGCUUUAAAGGUGUGAGACUGUAGGGAGGGCUCAGAAUGGGCAUUACUGGGGCUGGGAGAGAGCCUGAAGGCAGACCUUUGUGUGCUGAUAACCUGCGGUUUUGCUCACUGACUGUGUAGUAUUUUCUGAAUUCUGCAGCCUGUGUUGGCUUUUCCUAAGUUGUGUGGGGUUUGUGGGUGUCAAGAGCUACAGGGCAAGUCAGCUGAGUGCAUGCUGAGGUGACCUGUCAUACAGCAGUGCAUGCAACCGAGGCCUCUGUUGUGAGGACAUCACUCUGCUCAGUCAAGCUGCCGCAUUUAGCAGGCUGCAGUGUGCUGUGUGGUGAGCACACUGUGUUACAACCAUCUGCGGGCUGCGUGUUGAACCCUGCUGUCUCCAGGACGCUGCUGCCCUGCUGGCUCUGAGGUUCUCUCCCUGCAUCUGAGUGCCCUCUGCUGGAGCUCCCUUCUCUUCCCCGGGAUGAAGUUCUGGCUGCUGAUUGCAGCGGUCCCGGAUGGCGUUUGAUGCAAGUUCUGCAUUCCCUGGUGCUUGUCACCCCUCGCUAUCUGGGUAUGGUUUAGUCUGCUGUUUGUGAUCGUUUCUCUUGGGAUGCGCUUUAAAAAGGCUGCUUCUGCUGUUUUGCACGCACAGCUUCCUGCCUGGGUGGGUGCAAGGCUCUGUGUGCAGCCCUGGGAGCACAAGAGCGGGAUGCAAUGCAUCCAGCAUUGCUGUGGGGCCAAAAGCUGACACUGUUGUGAGUGGGGGUUCUCCUGUUUGUGAAGCUGAAGUCAUUUCUGCUGGGCUUCUGUACCCACACGCGGGCGGGUCUGUCUGUUUCUCCUGCUCCCAGGGAACCUGCCUCCAGAAUCACUCCAUCUGACCCCAUUUCUUGUGACCCUAUCGAGAGCUGCCGUGUAGAACGAGGUUGCCCUGAAACAGGCACUUUUUCUGCUUGCUCUGAAUAGCAGCUUUGCAUUGCACCGCAGCCGGGAGGAGCAAACACUGUGGGGCUGAACGCAGGCGAUGCCAGCACCCGGAGGUGGGUGUGCACGGAGGGGCUGUGCAGCUGCUCGGCGUGGGUGCAAGCGGGUGGCUGCGAGCCAGGCUGCCUCCUCCUAUAGAACCCCCAAAUCCUCUGUCAGCAGGAAGCAAGCUGGGGAAAGCAGAACCACUGGCACUUAAAAUGGGCAGAAAUCAGAAUGGAAACCGGCUGCUGAAAUGCGUAUUGAUUUGUGUGGCAUUAGCGUGGCUUUGUUGCGUGUGGGUUCAGACAACGCGGAGUUCCACGCCUGCUUUCAGUGUUUGAAUAUUAAUGCCAUCCUUACACUGAGGGGUUAAUCGGAUGCUAUCGCUUCAGCCACCUCGUUUCAAUUGAGAAGUGCUCUUAAUAAACAGCAACCAUCAGCGUGAGGUUCUGCACACCGAGAGCAGCCUGGGCACCCCAGCAAUCCCCAGUCCUGGGCAGCAUCCCUGAGCCGUGGGACUCAGCAUCACAUCUUGGCUCAGAUGGGAAACGAGGAAAUGCAGCUGGGGGAAGUAAUUGCACGCCGGGUCUGUAGGCGUGGUGCAGCGUCAGGAAUGCACGACAGCUGGAAAUGGAGCGGGAUCUUUUUUUCUCGUGGUGAUCUCGGGCUCUGCAGGCAGCUCAGAGCUCUGUUCUGUAGGACACGGGAGGAAAAUAGGGACUCUUAGUGCUGUGUUCAUAGGAGCAGGAUGAGCUCCUAUCGUUCUACCAAGAGGAAUCCAAAACUUUGUUUUGCAGCUGAAAGCAGGUUUAGGAGAACAAACUAUAUCCCUAUCAGCAGGGGUCUCCCAGGUCCCUGUGUGUGCGCCCUUGCUGGUUAUUAAUGCCAAAGUCAGGCACUGGUAGGUGUGUGUUGCAUGCAUGCUGCGUUCAGCUUCAUCCUUCCCUUUGGUGCUCGGGGAAGGAGCAUGCAGCCAGCUGUCACUUGUGCCCAUUCUGCUCCUCCUGUCCCCGGGUCCUCAUUUGCUGUGGUCCCAAUGGAGCUGGCUGUGCCCAGAGCUCAGUCCCUGUGCCGGAUGCACCGCAGGGAUUUCUCUGUGCUGGAGCUGUGCCCUCCUCCUGCUGCGUGUGAGUGCUGCCAGGCUCGCCUUGCCUUCCUGCCAGGGGGACUGGGUGCUGCACCUGCUUGGCUGCUCCUUUAGGCGCUCUCUUGGGUGCAUUUCCAGGCUCUGCAGCUGCUCUUCCCACAAGGCAGGGGCGGAUGGGAGCGGGGCUUGGCUGGGGCCACGCUCCAGGCUGCUGGGGAUGCUUCCUGCUGGUCCUUGGGGGCUCAGCCCAACCCUGGGCACAGCGCAGGGAUGGGCUCUGCCCCACGUUCUGUGCAGUGGGGUUGUUGUGGGGUUUUAGCAGUGUUUUAGGGUGGAGUUGUUGAUGCAUAGAUACGGGAAUACUUCUGCUGUGCUCGAAGGGAAAUAGCAGGCGUGCCCCAAUCCAAACUGCCUCUGUGUCAUCUCAGUUAGGCACAUCGUAUACUUUGAUUUCUUUUAAAGGCAAAGAUACAGAAUCGUAGAAUCCUGAGAGCUGGGAGGGACCUCUGAGGGCCAUCUGGUCUGACUUCCUUGAUGUAUGGGGGUGUGCCCUUAUAUAUGGGCAGACUCUUCCAAAUGGGUAUGGAUUGGGCAGAGCUUAACCUGGGCAGUGCUGGAGCCCAUUGUGCUUGAGGGGUGUCUGUGGGACAGCCCCAAAUCCGUGCCCGAGGGGUUCAGGAGGAGGAAUCCGCAGGUGUGGAAAGAUACUGGGAUGAGAGGUGGGCAGGGAUUGAGGAAGGUGUGAAGGAACAGCCCCAGGAGGCCCCGUGGGCAGCCAACCCCUGUUUCUACCCUGGCUGUUGUUCCCAUGGGGUGAGAGCGCAAGGACUGGGAGAUGCCUUUUGAAGACAACGCUCUGAAGGAUUGACUAAUAAGAGUGUGUCUCUUGGGGCAGGCGAGCAAAGCUCCCCGCUGGAUGCAGCAUGGAAACACUGCACGGUGUUUAAAAAUAGAUGUUCUGUGCAGAGUGGGUCUCCUCUUCUGGAACCUGGCUGUAAGGAGAAGGCGUGCGGGGCUCUGUUGGUCGGGCUUUGCUUUUGUUUGCCUCCAUUUCGAAAGGAUCGUGGAAGACGAGCUGACGAUUUAAUGGGGCGUGAUGGGCUAAUACAAGCGUCUGCGUGGCUGCAUUUAAUCCAUUAAAGGAGAGAAAAGGAACAGUGGUUAUCAGCAUUCACAAGGCAAGGCUUGGGCUUAGUGCAUGCAAAGCCUUGGAGGGAGACCGGAGGAGCGCUCCCACUGCUGCAGAAAGCUUCUGACAGGCGCAGCAUCGCUGCAAGUACGGCUGUGAUUGUGAGAGCUGCCUUUGUUCGUUCCUUGGAGCCUCCAGUGAGGGAUGGUGGGCACACAUCGGCGUGGAUGCUGAAAUCCGCCUCCCCGAGCCGAUGUGGGAGCAGAACGCGUGGAGGUGAUGGUUGUUUUUUAAUCCAGGAAAUCAGAGAAGGAAAUCACUUCAAAUCACCAACCGCUCAAUUGUGGAAGUCGAAAAUACCCGAGCUGUGUUAGAACUUGGAGAAUUCCCUUUGCUUAAGGUAUGGUGUGAAUAUGCGUUGCUUGGCAGCUCGGGUCAACUACAAGACUCUGAUCAUCAUCUGCGCUCUCUUCACGCUGGUGACGGUGCUGCUGUGGAACAGAUGCUCCUCGGAUGGCUCCGGCCCAUUCCCCCGCAGCCCGGCUGGCCCCGAGCGCCGCGCGGCCGCCGCCAGCAACGGCCCCGCACGGGAUGUGGGCAAGCAGAGCGAGGAAGCAUCGCCCCAAGAGCAGCAGAAGGCUCCUCCCGUCGUGGGAGGCUUCAACAAAGCCCCGGGGCUGAAGUAUGAGGAGAUAGACUGUCUGAUCAACGACGAGCACACCAUCAAAGGGAGGAGGGAAGGCAGCGAGGUCUUCCUGCCGUUCAGCUGGGUAGAGAAAUACUUUGAGGUUUAUGGGAAAAUUGCUCAGUACGAUGGUUAUGACAGGUUUGAAUUCUCUCAUAGCUACUCCAAAGUAUACACACAGAGAGCACCUUACCACCCGGAUGGGGUCUUUAUGUCCUUCGAGGGCUACAACGUAGAGGUUCGAGACAGAGUGAAGUGCAUAAGUGGUGUUGAAGGCUGCAGUAAACCAUCACGUCCCCAUCAAUGGUAUUCAUUAGGAACGAGAAGCAACGAAAUAUGUGUGCCCUUAUCCACCCAGUGGGGACCUCAGGGCUACUUCUAUCCCAUCCAGAUCGCACAGUACGGGUUGAGUCACUACAGCAAAAACCUGACCGAGAAGCCCCCGCACAUCGAGGUGUACGAAACGGCCGAGGAGAAGGACAGGGGCAGCAGGGCUGCUGAGUGGACGGUGCCCAAAGGCUGCUCCCUUUCCACGGUGCCCGAUAAAGCCAAGUUCACCAGUGUUAAACACUUUGUUGCUCCAGAGAACACCGAGGGGGUUUCCCUGCAGCUUGGCAACGCCAGAGAUUUCAUUAUUUCUUUCGAUCUCAAGCUCGUAACCAACGGGAGCAUUUCUGUGGUGCUGGAGACCACGGAGAAGAACCAGCUCUUCACCGUGCACUACGUCUCCAACACGCAGCUCAUCGCCUUCAGGGAGCGCGACAUCUACUACGGCAUCGGGGCCCGCACCAGCUGGAGCACCAUCACACGGGACCUGGUGACCGACCUGCGCAAGGGCGUGGGGCUGUCCAACACCAAGGCCGUCAAGCAGACCAGGAUAAUGCCGAAGAAAGUGGUGAGGCUGAUUGCAAAGGGGAGGGGAUUCCUCGACAACGUCACCAUAUCGGCCACCGCGCACAUGGCGGCUUUCUUCGCGGCGAGCAACUGGCUGGUGAGGAACCAGGACGAGCGGGGCGGCUGGCCCAUCAUGGUGACCAGGAAGCUGGGGGAAGGCUUCAGGUCGUUGGACCCGGGCUGGUACUCGGCCAUGGCGCAGGGCCAGGCCAUCUCCACGCUGGUGCGGGCCUACCUGCUGACCAAGGAGCACGCCUUCCUCAGCUCCGCGCUGCGGGCCACUGCGCCCUACAAGCUGCCAUCAGAGCAGCACGGGGUGAAGGCUGUGUUCAUGAACAGGCACGACUGGUACGAGGAGUACCCCACCUCGCCCAGCUCCUUUGUGCUCAACGGCUUCAUGUACUCACUCAUUGGGCUCUACGACCUGAAGGAGACAGCGGGGGAGAAGCUGGGCAAGGAGGCGCGGCUGCUGUAUGAGCGUGGCAUGGAGUCCCUGAAGGCCAUGCUGCCUCUCUACGACACCGGCUCCGGGACCAUCUAUGACCUGCGGCACUUCAUGCUGGGCACCGCUCCCAACCUGGCACGCUGGGACUACCACACCACCCACAUCAACCAGCUCCAGCUGCUCAGCACCAUCGACGAGGCCCCGAUUUUCAAGGAGUUUGUCAGGAGGUGGAAGAGCUACCUGCGGGGCGGCAGGGCAAAGCACAACUAGAGCUGACAACCAAAGCCCUCGUUGCCUGCUGGCGGCAAAGGUUCGGGUUUCCGGAGCUUGGCGAGGGGACACCUGAAAAGGUCGCAUCCUAAACUCCUACAGACCGUUUCGAAGAAGUGAUCCUUAAAACUGAUCUCCUGAAAUAAUUGCAUUCCAGUGUGAAAACCUUUGGGUCUGAUGGGCAGGAAUCGGGGGCUCCAGCUCGCUCGCUCUCCGUGGCGCUCCACCGUAAUACCCGCGCGAAGCAAAACCCAUCUGUGCUCUGAGCUGGGGGACGAUUUUGUUGUUCCUUUUUGCAGGAAAAUACUUAUGGAAGCCAUACAGGUCUCUAAAGUCCAGCACUUGCCUGACAAGUUAGUAUGUGGCCUCUUUGGAAAUGGAGCUCUUUGUGUAUAUGUUGGAACAGCGUCGCCGGUGCUGUGGUGUAAUGCUGUAAACGUGUGUUUCCUUGUAGCCUGGGUAGUGGACAGCGUAGCUUUUUCGAGGUGUUCUUUUCUGUAUGGAUUCUUUCCCUGGGGCGACGCGGUCUUUUCUAUUCUCUGUCUGGAGGUCCUGUAGCCCGUAUGGCUUCGCGUCGCGCCACGUAAGCACAAGUCGGUGGCUCACGGAUGGCCCAGCGCUGUGGCUGCACCAGCCCUGUCCUGGGAGCCAGACACGCGUGGGGUGCUGGCAGCACGUCCCCCCCGGCAGCUGAAAUCUUUUCUCGUGGAGCCCGAUGUUCUGUUCUGUAUUUUUUCAUCACAUCUGAGAGGUUUCUGUAAGCGUUGGCGGCUUGGUUCUGUAGGAGACCUGUGUUGAAUUCCUGUGUGGCAUGGAGCUCGUUUCGAGUAGCGUGCAGGAAAUGUAAUUUGAAAUGGUGAGCACUGUCCUAUGGGGGUUUUCAUUUUUAACCUGCUUCCCAAGAUCCAGCACUUGAAAAAUGACAAUCAGCCCAUAGGGCUGUACAGCUCCGUCUGAGCUUUAGCACUGCUUGGCCUUUGCUGCCCGACACCAGUCAUCCAGCAGAGCCCCAACACUUCCACUGUGCUGGCAGCACGCAGAGCAGCAGGCGGUCAGCAUCUCAUCUUCGUGAGCCCAUACCCACACCAUGGGUCUGCCUUCACAGCAUGGAGGGUUUCUGGUGGAUCUGGAAGGGUAAAAGCAAUGGCAUCAUCAGAUGGGGACGGUGUGGUUUGGUAGCACAGCAAACACCAGCUCGUCAGCUCUGUGCAGGCGUGCUGGGCUUUGCUCUCCCAUCCCAGGCACGAAAGCUCCCAACGUGUCCUGGCAUGCGGUGAUCACGUAUGGCUGUGGGGCUUUUCCACUGAUCCCAUGACGUGCUGCAGGCACAUGUUGGUGUGCUUUGGCUUAAGGUGCUCCUACAGAGGACAGAGCUGCUUCAGACUGCGUAGAGGCUGGGCACGAGGACGGUGUGCAUCUUGGUUUUUGUUUGCUUUUCUUGCUUUUUCGAUGCUUUUUCUUGCUGAUAUUUGAAGCGACUUUGUGAUUAUUCGAUCUCUGCAAACGUGUGCUGUGUGAUCGUAUCAGUUAACGUGCAAAGCAGACGUCGCAGGAGAAAUCUCAAUACCAAAGUUAGCAGAGCUGAUUUGUAUUUUUAGUGUUUGUUUUUAACACGUGUGCACAGAGAAAACAACCCAACUGACGUGCUUCCUUCCAGCGACCGGUCCUCACUGCAAGCAGAGCAUCUCCCCCUGUGCAUCCCCUCUGUUGAUGGCCCAUUUUGGAUCUGGGGAAGCAAGAGAGACUUCCAGGGCGCUGCUCUGCGGCGGUGCCGGUGCCUUAGCGAGGCCACCGUGCCCUCUUUUUAUUAUUAUUUAAUUAUUUCCUUCUUGGUUUUGAUAUCGGGUUGAUAAUGGCAGUGAUGGUCGUGUUGGGGUGGGUCGGCCCCGGGGGCGUUGGUGGCGAUGCCGCUGCGCUGGGCACACCGUGUCCUUAACGCCCACCCCGCAUUCUCUUGGCCUUGGCACUUGUGUCACUUCAGCCCGCUGCCCCCAGGGGCUGUGGGGCCAAAGGGAUUUGGUGUGAGGGCUCCUCCUGGGAUCGUGUUUUCCGUACAGAGCUGGGAGAGGACGGUCGGCCAUCGGCGCCCAUCGCUUGGCUGAAGUCACUUAACUGUUAUUCCUGUGCUUUCCCAGUGAUCAAUGUGAUAAAGGUCUUGGGGACUCGGAUCGGUCCGACCUUCCCGUAAGGCUCGCUGUACAUAGACCUCAUUGGAGGCGUGGUGUAUGCACACCAGUGACACACAAGCACAACCGUCCGCGUGUGGCCGUGCUGUUUUCUCAGCCAUUGUGCAAGACAUUCACCGAAAGCUGCUAUUUCCCUUCACCUUGUAAUUGUACUUUAUUUUUUCUACAUUUUUACAUGUGGGGUAUACACCAUGUGUUAAAUAUGCAAUAAAUUGUUUACAGGAUGCUCUUGUAAAGGGUGGUCCUUUGUAAAGCUGUACAGACUUUGCAGUUUAAGCACAAUGUGCACAUGUUAGUUUUAUAUACGGCGAGACGCGACUUUUUGCAGAGGGAAAGGUUCUACUAUGUUUAUAUACAAAGUAAAUGGAUCCAUGUUUGUGCUUCAUGUAAAGCUGCUUUAUAAGAUUGUAAAAUAAAUUCCUUUUUUUUUUUUUAUCUUAA